AUGGCUCUGGGUGUGCGGCCGGCCGAUGCCGCCGCGGCCGCUUCACCACCAACUCGUCCUCAAGCGGAGCGUCGCCGUCACCGAGACCCCCGACCUGCACCUCGUGUGGUCCCGGGGCGCCGCAUCUUCCUCAAGCCGCUGCCGGCGAGCUGCGACUCUCCCGGCUGGACAAGGUGUCACAUGCUGCGGUUCGGCAGGGUCCUGCGCGGCUUCUCGACGGUGGACGGGGCGGCCGACUACAGCGACCUGCUGCACAACAACUUUACGGUGCUGGCGACGGCGCUCGCGUACGUGGUGGUGGUGCUGAGGGCGAUGCAGGUCGGGCUCGCGGUGGACGACCUCAAGGCCGACAGCGCGUUUCAGAAGGCGAGAGAUUGUAGGAAAUGA